AUGCGCUUCACAAUCACCUCCGUCCUCGCCCUCGCGGCCACCUCUACCGCUGCAGUUCUCCCCCGCGCCGACUACGGCUACUGGGACUUCACAGGCUCGGCCUCGUACCCGGUCAGCGGCUACAACUCAUACAAGGUCGAUGCGACGUACCACAACAGCGAGCUUGAGGCACCGAUCGAGGUGACCUGCAGCUACCUCUACAACCCCCAGACCAAGACCGAGACUGCGUCAUGCUCGGACCCGAGCUUCACGUACGAUUUUGGCGGCGUCCGUCAAGCAAACACUGUUGCGACUGUUACGUUGACACAGACUGUUGAGCUUUGGGGAAGUAAUGUCACCGUCAAGGGGGCAAAGGAGUUUGAUUUUGAUUUCAGUGGUGGAGCUGGCUUUACGGGCACUGCAUCUGGUGAGAUUGAUGCCCAGACUGCUACUGCUUGA